GUUCGAGAGAGGGGAAAUUAAUAAAGAAUAGAAAGGGACCACAUUUCGAUAAUUGUUUGAUGGUAAACGAAUAAUAAUAACCGGAGAAAUUGGCGAUAAUAUGAAAAUGUCGAGGGAAGGAUACCACGUGUUAGAUUAACGGGCCAAUCUCUUUUCAUUGGGGGCGUUUCUCACUCCGGUUUCUCCUGAGGGCAGCGCAAAACCAGAGUGGGGCAAAUAUUCUCGCGGUAAAACUACCCCAGUGAAUCUCCAAGCUCCUGGCGUUCAAAUCACAACCGCAAGAGUUAUCGUUCUCUAAACGUCGCAAAUUUUUUUUUUGUUUUUGGUUUCAAAAAAAAAAAAAUCUCUUUGAAAAAGUUUCUUUCAAUUUUUCGCCUUCCUUCAUUUUUGUUUGGAAUUGAAGAAUAAGAAAAAAUGUCCCAUGGAAUGUGUGGUCAUGGAAAUUAUGCGAAACAAGUGAGAGGAUAAAAAAAAAUUGCCCGGAUAUAGUUUUGAAAGAAAAGAACAAAAGGACAAAAUGUAUAAUUUUUAUCGAGCCUGGUUUGGCACGGAGCAAACCUGUCCCCGUCUCGAGACCCUUUCACCCCCGGACACUUUGAUUCGAGUGGGAAACGACGGUGAACAUCAAUUCGUUGCCCAUCGUGGAAUUUUGGCAGCGCACAGUGGUUAUUUAAAGGCAUUAUUGUCAAAUAGUAAUUCAGGAAAUUCUACACUCUCCUCGGAUGGAAAUUCGGUUAUUAGUUCAAUUUCCGUUUCGUCAAUUGGUGGAGAGGCGUUUGCCCCGUUACUCAACUACAUGUACACGGGUCAUUUGGACGUUAAUCUGGACAACAUUUACAGUGUUUUGCUUGCGACACAUUUACUGCAUAUGCCAGGAGCAUUGGAACAAUGUCGAGCGGCUUUAUUGAGACUGAGGACACCACCUGCGAUUCCGGUUCAACAAACUGGCCAAGGAAAUGUUUUAAGACCAGUGCCAAAUCGACUGGUGGGUCCGCCAUUGUGUUGGCCGCAAACUAGCUUGUACGGUCCCGGGCCCAUUAUUUCCCGAUUGCCUUCUUUGCAUUUGCCGCAGACAAUUAUUCCCCCCCUUCUUCAGGACAAUCCCGGAUCGUCACUUUCCUACAGUACAAGAGAAAGAUCACUGUCACCAAAAUCAUCGCCAUCGCGUCCUCGUCGUUCGGAAUCACGUUCACGUUCACGUUCACGAUCAUUAACGCCCGUGAUUCCUCAGGUACAAUUAACGCCUCAAUUUUCCAAAAAUUCCCUCAAUUUAUCGUCUAAACGAAAAACUCCCGACGAAUCGCAAUUAAAAAGUUCGAGUUCUUCCGAGAUCAGCGAGAAAAUAUCCGUGACAAAUGUGGAGCACAUUUCGCAACAAUUGCGCCGAGCGAGGACAAACGCCGAACAGGAAAGCAAUUCAAGCGGAAGUGUCGUCUAUGAUGUUGCAUGCUGCGACGGACCCGUGAGAUUUCAUCGCGUCUUAAACGAAAAUUAUUCCGCACCCUCAACCGGAACUGCAAUUCGUCCGAGAAAUUGUUUGGAAACCGACGACACUACUUCCGGCGAAAAUGACGAGAACGGUCGACCGGAAGACUUGACGCAUGAAUCGACGGUGGAUUGCGGAGUUUCCGGAAAUUACACCUGCAACUAUUGUCAGCAUACGUUUAAAUCGCAAUAUUGCUAUCGGAAGCACGCGAGAAGACAUUUAUUGCCAACUGAGGCGGAAUCAUCGAGUCGUAAUCAUCAGCAACGUCAUCAACUUCCGUCUCAGCAGCAGCAACAACAGCCACCACAACAACCACAACAACAACAACAACAGCAACAUCAUCAUCAUCAACAACAACAAAAUAAUCAAGAUAAACGUCGACGAGAAGUUAGACUUCUCGAUUUAAACGUUCAAUAUUAUCCGUGUAAAAUUUGUGGCAGUAAAUUUCCAAGUUAUUAUUUUGUUCACAAGCAUCGAAAAAUGUGCCAUUCAAAUAUUACCGACGAGACAACGAGGGACAGUAAUAAUUUACAAAACGAUGAGGAAAUUAUUGUUAACAGCAGUGAACCGAGUGAAUCGAGUGGAAAAAAAUUAGUCGAUUGAGGAUUAAACGAUAACAAGAGAGAGAAAAAUGAAAUUGAAAAGAAGAUCAACAACAAAAAGAAGAAAUCGAAAUAAAAAAAAAAGUGUUGUCGAAUUUAAAAAAUUUCGCUUGUAAAAUGAAAUGAAAUGCACUAAGUUUUAGAUAUAAAAAAAAUGUUCCCCAAAAAUAUCAUUUUUGGAAAAAUGUACGAAUUAUCGUUUGUAAAACAUUUCGCAAUUUUC